CAAAAGCGCUGCUGCUCGCGGAUUCUGUGGGUUCCACUCUUUUGCAGGUCUCCGGCGAACCUGCGAGUCGCACGCUGAGGACCUGUGGCUUCCCUUCCUGCACCCCUGGCCUGCUCCAGGGUCGUGGAUAUGGACCUCUUUCAGUUCCUGUUCUUCCUGUUUGUCCUGCUGCUGUCUGGGACAGGAGUCACAGGCUCCCUGAGAACCUCCCUGGACCCAGGCCUGGAGAUUUACAAGAAGCUGUUUGAGGUGAAGCGGCGUGAGCAGCUGUUGGCAUUGAAAAACCUGGUACAGCUGAAUGAUGUCCACCAGCAGUACAAGAUCCUUGAUGUCAUGCUCAAGGGGCUCUUUAAGGUGCUGGAGGACUCCCGGACAGUGCUCAUUGCUGCGGAUGUGCUGCCAGAUGGGCCCUUCCCACAGGAUGAGAAGCUGAAGGAUGCUUUCUCCCAAGUGAUGGAGAACACAGCCUUCUUCGGUGAUGUGGUGCUACGCUUCCCAAGGAUCGUGCACCACUACUUUGACCACAACUCCAACUGGAAUCUCCUUAUCCGCUGGGGCAUCAGCUUCUGCAACCAGUCGGGCGUCUUUGACCAGGGGCCCCACUCACCCAUUCUUAGCCUGAUGGCCCAGGAGCUGGGGAUCAGCGAGAAAGGCUCUGACUUCCAGAACCCAUUUAAAGUAGAUCACACAGAGUUCCUUUCUAGCACCGACCCCUUCCAGAAGGCCCUGAGAGAAGAGGAGAAACGCCGGAAGAAAGAGGAGAAGCGGAAAGAGAUCCGAAAAGGCCCACGGAUCUCGCGAUCCCAGUCUGAGCUAUAGGCCUGUUGCAGUCCAGGGUUCAUGGGGCCAGGAGGAAGAGAAGGAGGCAGCACAGCCAAGGUGAAGCAGUGCCGACUGCUUGGUGGUGAGAGCCAGCCCCUGUGAGAGGGGAGGCCAUGUUUGCUUGGCCCCCUGGAGCUGGCUUUGAGGGCCAGGUGAAGGGACUGGGCCACAGAGGGCCAGACUUCCUCCCAGGGGCCUCCCUGGAGGAGGCAUUGAGGGGCCCUUCAGAGGACGCUCUGCUGCAGACCUAACCCAGUGGAGAUGCUGGGGGAGGAAAGGGGGGUCCAGGGCUGUACCCUCCCAGUGUAUGAGGACUGAUGGCCAGGAGGCUGCUGCCCUUCAUGGAGAGGUAACAGAGCCAGGCCCUGAGCCACAUGUGGCGGUGCCAUACCUGCUGCUGGCUCUCCUGUGUCGCUGAGCCACACGGCGUGAGUUCCAGCCCCCUGCAGAGACAAAUAAAAGCCAGUGAACCCUCUGCGCAAGUCACAGCUGGUUUGGGCGCCAGGUAAGCUAUGAGGCCCUUUACCAGGCAGGUAGCAAGGGACUUGAGUUGGGUAACCAGAGGCCCUCAGAGAUGUAGAGAGCACCUGAGAGGAUGUCCCCCGCCUCAUCAGGGGAGCCCCAGGUCCUGGGACAAGGGGAGAGACAGUGAAGCAGGGGCUUGGCUUGGCCUCCUAAUCCCUUCUUAGCACUGUCCUUGAGCACUGUCCUUGAGCACUGUCCUUGAUGAAGGAUCAGUGUUGGAAAGGGACAGGAGGUAUCCUAAGAACGUGUUUAUCCAAGGUGACCUUGGAGCAACAUGAUCUCUAUCCUUCACUAUCUGGGGACAGCCAUAGAACAGGCACUGGAAAGUGUUAGCUUAUUCUCUCUGGCAGUGCUGGGAGACCCUCAGCCUGUGGACAGGGGGGUAGGGAGACAGGCUGCAGCUCUGCACAAGGCUAUGCUUUGUGGUGGCAGAGCUGCCCCAAGCUGGAUUGGUCAGAUAGUGAGCUCUCUUGUUCGGCAGGUAUAUAAGCAGAGACCUGUGGUCACAGGGCAGGGAGGCUGCAGAGGCUCUGAGUGAGCAGCUCUGCCCUUCAGUCGUGCUCUUCUCAGGCAGAGGAGGGAGGGACUCUGAUGGGAAUUCUAGCUCUGUCUCUUUGACCUUGGCAAGCCAGGGUCUGCCUCUUAAAAGGAGAGAGGCAUAACCAUCCCUGAACCCCCCCACCACUACCGCUACUGACAGAGCCCAAGGGAGACCUAAGUCUUGUCUCAGCCCAUCAGACUUGCUGAGUGAGCCUAGCCCACCUCUUGUCUGUUCUGUGGUUUCAUUGACAAAAUGAAUUGAUAAUGUCUGAAUUGCCUGCCCAGCCCUGAAUGGCUUCUCCAAGGCUGGACUCUGGCUUCUCAGUGACAGGUGUCCUUCUCUGAUAGUUAAUUUGUCCCAUAGAUUGGCUAAGCACCCACUGUAAGCACAGCCAGAGAGAGGGGCCCAGUCUUAACAUAUCUUCACCUCUACCCCAUCUAGUACCUUUAUCCUCCUGGCCUCUUCCUGCUACACCUUCAGCCUCUCUCCACCUUCGUUCAUGUCUUCCUCUCCAUCUUAAAAUGGUUCCAAGUUUUCCCAUCUGAGACCUUCAGAGAAACAGACAGAACCACCUGCUUCCCCUUCUCUCCUUCCCUUUGCUCCACUGUUGAUUGUUGCGGUCACUUGUCCCCGGAACUCCACCUUGAGUCUUACUGUAGGAUAAGCCUGUCUACCUCCCCUCCUACUAGGAGCUGUAGAGGCCCGAGGGUAGUUGUUUGUCCAGCCUCCUGGUGGCUGGGAUUCAGUUCUGUGCCUGAAGUGCCACCAACCAGAUGUACCCGCCUGUGUGAGUGGUGCUUGUGGAAGCAGUGGCCCCAGCGGGCAGGAGGAUUCCUAGUGGCCAGACCAGCUCCAGGAGCGCCUGAUAGUGGCAACAGUGAUGUCUUCGGUGUUGCUUUUAGUGUGGCCUCAGACAUUGUUCCUGUGUUGGCCUUCCAGGCCCAAUAUGAGACACCUGUGGAAAGUCUGGGAGCUCCCAAUAUCCUCCAAGGCAGGACUUCUCAACAGUGGCACUGUUCACAUUUGGGACCAGAUAAUUCUUUGUUGUGACUGUGAGGAGGGCUGUGUGUAUUACAGGAUAUUUAGCAGCAUUCUUGGCAUCUACUCAUUAAAUGUCUGUAGUAAUCUCCCAGUUAUGGCAACCAAAAAUGUCUCCAGACAUUGCUAGAUGUCCCCAGAGGGGCAGAACUUCCCUGGCCCACUACCCUUCUUCCUCCUUAAGGCAGUCCCACAUCUUCCUCUGCUGUCCCCUAUCACUGCCUGCAGAGCGAUGCUGUUGACAGUUCUUGAGGAUCCUCCCAGGCUUCUGGUCCACCGUGUUGUCCUGGUUCUCUGCCCUUGGUCUGAGUCUGCUCUGUCUCUUCCUGUUUCUCCCUUCCUCACCUGCGCCUUAAAUAAAGAGGUGGUUUUGUUUUGUUUUGUUUUUGGUUUAGUCUUUCCUGUGCUCUUCUUGAGAGCUGCAUCCUCGAACACCACAAAGCUGAUAGCACUUGCCCUGUUGCCACCUGAGAACCCUCAGUCCUUAUGUUUCAGCUUAUCCAAAAUCAAAUAUAUGUCCCACCCUAAAGCCUCUGCUCUAUGUCAAAUCAUGGGGUACAUACUGUUGCUUAAUCCUGGAAGGAAUGAUAUCAAAACUGAAUCCAGAAAGAUUAGGGGAGGAGGGAGAAGGAGACAAGCACCAUGAGCAGAGGCCUACGAGUGGAGGCAUCAAAAGUAGUAAAUGGGAAAACAGGGAAACUUCUCUUCUGUGACCUAUAGUAAGUGCCCAGUCCAUGGUGGGUGUCUGGACAUAUGGUUAUUCAGUCCAGUCCCUUCCUUUCCAGAUGAAGAACCCUGGUUAUGAUGAGUGACUUGUUUGAGGCUGGUCCACCCUUGGGAGUCAGUCUCAGUUCCAGCGAGGCAAGGUGCCAGCUCAAAGAGCUGUUCAGUAGGUGAGAUCCAGGGCCAGAUGGAGAAUGUCAAUGUUUUGCCAAGGCUGGGUCCAGUGCCACCACCUUCCAGUUUCUAUGGAGCCUUCAUUUACGUACCCUUCAGGCUACCUUGCCAGGAACCAGGGCCUGUGGGCAGGUCCAGCUGGGAGCUGUGGGAACAGAUGCAAAAUGUACAGUGCUGUGUCUGCCUAUGGGACCUGGUGCUCCUGCAGCCUUCUGCGGGGGGGUUACCGAGAGGGUGGGAUGGGAGGGCAGUGGACCAAAGUGAGUCAUAGGGUAGGCCAGCAGAUGGCCACCCCCGUAGUGUGGGGAGCCCUGUGAGAGCCACUGAGAGGCGAGCUGGAGGUCGCACUGUCCAGCUCAGUGCCAGGUCCAGAGCAGGGUAGCAGGGUUUGAUUUUCUGUUUUAGGGUGAGACUGGUAUAGUGGACACCAGCUCUCCAACAUGUAAACGAUGAGAACACUCUUGUCUUUUUUCCUCAAACUAAGACCUUAUGUUAUACAAGUUUAUUAUAAAAAGUAUUUUGUACUAUCAAGAAAGUAAAAUUCACCCUAAACUCACUAUUCCCUUAACCAUGACUGAUACUCAGCUGUUAGACCUCGCAUCCUUUUGCCUUGCAUGUGAGCAAAUAAAUCCCUGUUUUCUUCAAUUACAAAAGCUACCUUGUGUGGGCACUUACAAUACACUGGGCCUUAUGCCAAGUGUGGGCUUGCACAGCUUUUGCUGCCUCAGGGCCCUUGUCUAUGUUGUCUGUUGCCUCAGCUACACCACAUGCAGUUCUCUCAUAAUUUUAGGUUUCAUCUUAAAUGUCAGAGGCCUUCCCUCACAAUUCCAAGUCAGGUCCCUUGUUAACAGUUUCAUCACACCCGUUACUUUUCCUUGAUCGCUUGUGCUAUUAUCUGUUAUUUAUUUUUAUGUUUAUUUGUUUAACAUCUGUUCUCUUCAAUAAACUGGAAACUCUCAGAGGGCAGGAACUAUUUCUGUUUUCCUGCCCCAGAGGUGUUCAACAAAUAUUAUCAAUGUGCAGAUGAUCCCUUUAGUCCUCACAACUAUGGCAGGGCACUAUUUCCAUUUUAGAGAUGACAACCAAGGCUUAGAACAGUCAAACUGCCCAAGGUCACAUUGCGUAAGUCCAUAUGUCUGCCUCCAUACAGCUUGUGUACUGAUAAGUCUUGACCACAAAGCAACAGCUGUCUCCCACACUUGCAGGUAAUAUGCUUUUUCCCUUUUAACAAUAUAUUGCAGCUCUGACUGGUGUGGCUCAGUGAUUGAGUGCCAGCCUGCGAACAGUCAACGGGUUCAAUUCCCCAUCAGGGUACAUACCUGGGUUGUGGGCCAGGUCCGCAUUUGGGAGCAUGAGGGAGGCAACCAGUUGAUGUUUCUCUCACACAUGAAUGUUUCCC